GUGGAAACACAGUCCGCUGAGCGGUCAGUCUCUGCCACGUCGGAAAUACUAUCAGUGUUUUCAUUUCUGAAGAGCAGAAGAGCAACUAGAGGCGUUUUUUUAGUUGAAGGAGUUUGUUGGAGGGAUAUAAGCAAAUAUGGUUUCGGUCAUUAACACGGUGGACACCUCACAUGAGGAUAUGAUCCAUGACGCUCAGAUGGAUUAUUACGGCACCAGACUGGCCACCUGCUCCUCUGAUCGCUCUGUGAAGAUCUUUGAUGUCAAAAACGGAGGGCAGAUCCUCGUGGCUGAUCUGAGGGGCCACGAGGGUCCCGUGUGGCAGGUGGCCUGGGCUCACCCCAUGUACGGCAACAUCCUGGCGUCCUGCUCCUACGACAGGAAGGUGAUCAUCUGGAAGGAGGAGAACGGCACCUGGGAUAAGAUGUAUGAAUACACAGGCCACGACUCGUCCGUGAAUUCUGUGUGCUGGGGACCGUAUGACUUCGGGUUGCUUCUGGCCUGUGGCAGCUCAGAUGGGGCGAUUUCAGUGUUGACCUGUUCUGGAGAUGGACACUGGGAUAUUAAGAAGAUCAACAAUGCACAUACAAUCGGCUGUAACGCUGUGAGUUGGGCCCCAGCUGUUGUCCCAGGGAGUCUUAUUGAGCAGCCAACAGGACAGAAGCCCAACUACAUCAAGAGAUUUGUGUCUGGAGGCUGUGACAAUCUGGUCAAGCUGUGGAAAGAAGAGGAUGGCCAGUGGAAAGAGGACCAGAAGCUGGAGGCACACAGUGAUUGGGUGAGAGAUGUUGGUUGGGCUCCUUCCAUUGGUCUACCCACCAGCACAAUCGCCAGCUGCUCACAGGAUGGUCGUGUGUUUAUCUGGACGUGUGACGACCCAGCCGGUAACACCUGGACGGCCAAACUUCUCCACAAGUUCAAUGACGUGGUGUGGCACGUGAGCUGGUCCAUCACAGGAAACAUCCUGGCUGUGUCAGGAGGGGACAACAAAGUGACCCUGUGGAAGGAGUCAGUGGACGGACAGUGGGCCUGUAUCAGUGACGUCAACAAAGGCCAGGGAGCCGUGACCUCCAUCACAGACAGCCAACAGAACGAGCAGUGAAGCCCAUCUCCUCUCUCUCGCCUCCAG